AUGGAUUCGGAGGAGAGACCCCGGCCGCUGUCACAGUACAAAAGAUUUCGAACGAACGACGAGGGUCGGAAAACAUUUACCUCCAUUGAUCAGAUAAGAACUGAAGCAUCGAUCGAACGCAUCUACGACCGGUACGAACAGUUGGCGGCUCUCGAUCCGUCACUGCCCAAGCUGCACCGUGGGGACCAUGCGCGCUAUCUGCAGUUAUCGCUCGAGCGUUUGUCGUCUGCGUACGAAAGUCUGGACAGUAGCCGGCCCUGGAUGGUGUACUGGAUACUGAAUGCGGCCAGCAUACUGAACCUGCGCUUUUCCCACGAACUAAUGGACCGGGUGGUGGAUUUCCUUAUCAAAUGCCGCUGCAAAGAGGGCGGAUUUGGUGGAGGACCCGGGCAGGAUCCACAUCUGGCCACCACGUAUGCCGCGAUAAAUUCACUCUGUAUAAUCGGCACGGAAAAAGCUUUAAAUGCGAUCGAUCGGCACACGCUGAAGCAAUUUAUGUGGGCAGUGCGGGAAAGUAAUGGCGCGUUCCGGAUGCACAUCGGAGGUGAGCUAGACGUACGAGGAGCGUACUGUGCGAUUUCGUCGGCCAAGCUGUGUUCUUUCACGCCGGAAGAAGAGCUCAAACUGUUCGAGGGAACGGCAAACUGGAUAGUGGAAUGUCAAACGUACGAGGGUGGUUUCGGUGGUGCUCCAGAUCUGGAAGCGCAUGGUGGUUAUUCGUUCUGUGCCGCUGCUGCCCUCAUGCUGCUGGGUGGUGAGAACCAGUGUGACCUCAACGCUCUGCUACGGUGGACCAUGAAUCGUCAGAUGGCGUACGAAGGCGGAUUUCAGGGACGCACCAACAAACUGGUGGACGGAUGUUAUUCCUUUUGGCAGGGAGCGUUAGUACCGAUCGUUCAGGGUCUUAUCGCACGGAAAGAGGGACAGCAGCACAUCAUGGAUGUGAGUCUCUUCAAUAGGUAUGCGCUGCAGGAGUACGUACUUAUUUGCUGCCAAAGACCCAACGGAGGUCUUAUUGAUAAACCUGGCAAACCUGCGGAUCUUUACCACACUUGCUACACGCUCAGCGGGCUGGCCGUGGCACAGCACUGUGAAACGCAUAGUUUACCGUUGGUGUUGGGAGACGAAAGGAAUGAAGUGUUACCGACACACCCGGUACACAAUAUACCGCCCAAGGCAGCGCUGGACGCUUACCGCUACUUUAUAGAGCUCGAUCAACCGGCAUCUGCUGCCGAACAGCAAUCCAAUGGAAAACGGGACGAUGUACCGAUGGACGGUGACUCCGAGAACGGUUCCGAACGUCAAUCGUCAUCACACAUGUCGGAAGAAAGCAGCAGUAACUACACGAGUAGCCGUGCAUCGGAAGAUUGA